AUUUUGUUUGCUUUCGGAUUAGUCCACGGAGUCCGUCUCCGGAACGCGGCGUCACACCUGAGGUGACAGGACAGGGAAAACGCGAGAGGCGUUGUCUGCCCUAAACAGAGACGGACCUGAGGAUCGGCAGUGGCACCGCUCAGGUGACCCGGCCGCCGGAGCCCGGGACCUCGCACCUGUCGCUCUCCAGCUACUCCCCUCCCCCUCCCCAGUCUGCAGGUGCCGAUGGCAGCCGCCGUGCUGACGGACCCGGCGCAGGGGAAAGUGAACUUUGAGGACGUGUUCGUGUACUUCUCCCAGGAGGAGUGGGGGCUCCUUGAUGAGGCUCAGAGGCUCCUGUACCGCGAAGUGAUGCUGGAGAACUUUGCCCUUAUGGCCUCACUGGGAUAUGCAUCUUCCAUGUUCCAUGGGGUUGCCCCACUGGAGCUGGACAGUGAGCCCUGGCUAUCUGACUGGGCCGACAUGACUCCAGCCAUGACCAGAGAGGCUCACAGUGGGGGUGGCCCUGGUUGUUCGCAUGGAAUGGAGGAGGAGGAGAUACAUUUUGAGCAGAGCGUUUCUGUAAAAGGAGUGUCACAGGUCAUGAUUCCUAAGACGAUUCUGUCUUCCCAGAAGGCCCACCCCUGUGAGACAUGUGGCCCGAUCUUGAAAGAUGUUUUGUACUUGGCUGAGCACCAGGAAACACACCCUGGGCAAAAACCACACAUGUGUGUGGCAUGUGGGAAACAACUCUGGUUCAGUGCAAACCUUCACCACCAGAAGCAGCACAGUGGAGAGAAACCAUGCAGAGGGGAUGAGGGUAGGGCCUUUCUUGUGAAUGGCUGCUCUGUCCAAUCACUGGGCAUGCCCUUUACCACAGGGGAGUGUUGUAAGGACUUCCCCACUAGCUCAAGCGUGUGCCAGCACCAUGCCCCUCUAAGUAAGUGGAAGCCACAAAGUAACACCAAGUGUGCAGAGGCCUUUCACAGUGGACAAAGGCAUUACAAGUGCAAUGAAUGUGGGAAAGCCUUCAGCCGCAAAGACUCACUUGUUCAGCACCAGAGAGUCCACACUGGAGAAAGGCCUUAUGAGUGCAGUGAAUGUGGGAAAACCUUCAGCCGCAAACCCAUACUUGCGCAGCACCAGAGAAUCCACACUGGAGAAAUGCCUUAUGAGUGUGGCAUAUGUGGGAAAGUUUUUAAUCAUAGCUCUAACCUUAUUGUACACCAGAGAGUCCAUACUGGAGCAAGGCCUUACAAAUGCAGUGAAUGUGGGAAAGCCUACAGUCACAAAUCCACACUUGUUCAGCAUGAGAGUAUCCAUACUGGAGAAAGGCCUUAUGAGUGCAGCGAAUGUGGGAAAUACUUUGGUCAUAAAUACAGACUCAUUAAGCACUGGAGUGUUCAUACUGGGGCAAGGCCUUAUGAGUGCAUUGCAUGUGGGAAGUUCUUCAGCCAAAGUUCUGACCUUAUUGCACACCAGAGAGUUCACAAUGGCGAAAAGCCGUAUGUAUGCAGUGAGUGUGGAAAAGCCUUUAGCCACAAACAUGUGCUUGUUCAGCACCAUAGAAUCCACACUGGAGAAAGACCGUAUAAGUGCAGUGAGUGUGGGAAGGCCUUCAGGCAAAGGGCUUCCCUCAUCAGACAUUGGAAAGUUCAUGCUGGAGAAACACCUUAGGAUAGCAGGGAAUAUGCCAUAGUGGGUGACACCAGAGAGAAGCUCUGAGAGUAGCCUGUGUGAGUAGCCAUCAGCUGGAAGAUGAGUCUCAUACAUUUGAACUCCCACCCUGAGGAGAUUCUUCUGUGUGCCAGCUAUAUGGGAAGGUUUCUGGAGCAAUAUUGCACUUCGUAACAUGCCUUUGUUCACUGUGAGAGGCCUCUGCACACUUGCCAGAAGCAUAUCACUGCCAGUGUCUCUGAAAGAAUCCAUGUGUCUAUGCAACAGCAGGGUGCCACAUUGUGCGUAAAUCACCCCAGCGUGCUUUGAUGGGCAAGAUCUCUGCUCUUCCUCCCUUCCCUGGAGGGAAUCAUUGGUAGCCUGAGCCCAUUGAAGAUCCUCACUCCUUCCUGCCCCCCUACUGGUUAAGCAUGGAUGUGACCCAAUUUUGGCCAGAAGAACGUAAGCUUUGUUCUGCUGGCUGCUUGCAGAGAUUUCCAUUUUUCAGACUUUAUUGGUCUCAUGUGGCACUCGUGAUGGAUUUGUCCAGCCCCCAAGUCACCUAACUUGGGAAUUGUCUGCCUCAUAUUCUUCUGGUUUUGCAACAAAUGCCUUAGUUUUUAACUACCUUUAAUCCUGGGGAUUCUGUUCACUUUGUGGGUUGAGUUGAGAACAGAAUUGGGCUCUGCCAGCCUGAAAGAAUGAACAGCUUGUGUGAGAGGUUCAACUGUUGUGUCUCAGUGGUAUUUGCAGAAUGGUGAAGAAAGAACAGCUCUUAUUCUAGUUUCAGCCUAAUUUGCAUUGCUACUCAAGGCCUCCUAGGAAAGAAUACCAAUCUUUGCAGGCCUAAUCAUGUGUCCUGUAUGCCAAGAUGAUUUGUGUGACCAAGGUCUUCUUGAGCAAUGGGCAUUUGUCAUGACAACUUCUGAUGUGCCUGGGAGCAGCAUGAAUUGGGUCCCUUGUUCCCAGGGAAUGCUUCAUAUUCCCCAGCGCUCUUUAGGAGAGUUUGAUUCCCUGGGACCUACCAGCAUCCCUGAAAUCUAUUAUUUGGUAGGCACAUGUCACUUUCCCCUAAAAGGACAUCUGAUAAAUAGGAAGUUGGGAGACUAUAGCCAACUAUAGGGAAUAUAACUCUUCUAAAGGCAUAUCCACAAAAUGUUGCCAUCACUGUGACUUUGGUAUGAGGGUUUAUGGAAAUUCUCAGGACUCAUAUUUGUGUCUCAUAAUCUUACAGCUACAGUUACAGUCUGAGCAAUCUAAACAUUUUCUGCAAUUAAUUGCACAUAUUUAUAGUGUAUAAUUUGAUAAGUUUCGAUACAUGUUUGCACCUUUGAAACCAAGUUUCCUGAUUCCUUUUAUAAUAUCUCUCGCCCUCACCCAUUCCCAGGCAACCACUUCAUCUUGCUUUCUGUCAUUCUAGAUCUGUUUGGAUUUCCUAGAAUUUUAAAUGUGUGUGUAUGUGUAUAGAAUAAUUUAAAAGGUACUAGUAUAUAUAUGGCUUUUCAAACUCUGCAUAAUUAUGUUAUGAUUUAUCAGUGUUCUGUGUAUCAAUAAUUCAUUCUUUUUCAUCCAUACUUUUGCUUAAAGUAUUCCACUUUAGAGAAAUAGUUCCAAAGCAAGUGACCCAGGAGAGAACUCACGGGAACGAAGCCACAGUAUCUGUGGCUCAUAACCUUCACCUGGAAGUGAUGUGCCAUCGUUUCUGACUUACUCUGUGGGUAACACAGACUAAUCCUGGUUCAGGGUGCAAGGGGACUCACUUCACAACAGUGAGAAUACAAAGAGGUAGGGAUUUGUGGGAGCGUUUCUUGAAUACUGGUGAUCACAAUCAUAGUUGUUUUUCUUUUUUUACCUUUUUUGUCUUUUAAUGAGGAAUCGUAUUGACUGAUUUCAAAAGUUAAACCAACCUUGCAUUUCUCAGGUAAACCCCAUUUGGUCAUGAUGUACUACUCUUUUAUGCAUUGUUGAAUUUUAUAUGCUGGUUUUCUUUUUUUUUUUUUUUUUUUUAAGAUUUUUGCAUCUAUGCUCAUGAGGGAUGUUAGUCUCUAAUUUUUUUAAUGCAUGGGUUUGGUUGCUAUCAGUGUAAUGCUGGCUUUACAGAAUAAGUUGGUUAAGUGUCCCCUGCCCUUCAAUUUUCUGGAAGAGUUUGUGAAGAAUUGACAUUAUUUCUUUAUUAAUUGUUUGGUGGAAUUCACCAGUGAAGUAUUUGGGCCUGGAGUCUAUUUUGUGGGAAGGUUUCUAACUAUAAUUUUAAUUUCCAUAGUGAACAUAGGUUUAUAGAAUUUAUCUUCCCCCGCCCCCCUACAGUGAGCUUUGGUGGUUUGUAUCUUUCUCAGAGUUUGUUUAUUUAAGUAGUCAAAUUUUUCAAGCUAUCCUUUUAUUAUUUUAGUACCUGUAGAAUCUGUAGUGAUGCCACCUCUCUUAUUCCCGACACUGGUAAUGUCUAUAUUUCUCUUUUUUUCUUCAUCAGUAGUUUAUCAGCUUUAUUGAUCUUCUGAAAGCACUUGAUUUCACUGAUUUUUCUGUUUUUUCCUGUUACUUUUAUUUUCCCCCGCAUUUUGACUUUUACCAUUGCCUUUUGCUUUUAUUGUAUUUCAUUUCUGUUCUUCUGCUACUUUUUAACAUAGAACCUGAGAUCCUUCAUUUGAAACUUUUGGGUUUUUUCCUAACAUAGGUGCUAAAUUCUAAAAGUCACUCUGUAACAACUGCUUUAGUUGCCUUCCACAAAAUUUGAUA